AUGUUCUUUCAAUUCCUUUUUGAAAAUAUUAUUUCCAUGACCGCUGCCCUCAUCACGUAUAGAUUCUUUCUUUCUUUCGUCCUUUCUUUAUUUUUUUUAUUUUCUAGUUCCUCUCUAUCCUUUCCUACCUCCUUUUUUUACUUUAUUGAUCAUUCUAUUUCUAUCACACUACUCCCUUCUCUUUCCUUUUCACUUCUUUUUUCGCCUUUUCCUUUUUACGUAAAUAACCCUUUCCUUAUUUCUGUUUUAGCUUUUCUUUCUCUUAUUUUCUCCAUUCCAUUCUCUUCCAUUUUUAUAAACUUGAACUUUUUCUUUGUGCUUUUUCUUUCUUUCUUUCUUUCAUUUUCAUUUUUACUCUUUCUUUCUUUCUUUCUUUCAUUUUCAUUUUUACUCUUUCCUUAUUCUUUCUUUCUUUCUUUCUUUCAUUUUUACUCUUUCCUUAUUCUUUCUUUCUUUCUUUCAUUUUUACUCUUUCCUUAUUCUUUCUUUCUUUCUUUCUUUCUUUCUUUCAUUUUUACUCUUUCCUUAUUCUUUCUUUCUUUCUUUCUUUCAUUUUUACUCUUUCCUUAUUCUUUCUUUCUUUCUUUCAUUUUUACUCUUUCCUUAUUUUUUCUUUCUUUCUUUCAUUUUCAUUUUUACUCUUUCCUUAUUCUUUCUUUCUUUCUCUCUUUCUUUCUUUGGAACCUUUUAUUUAUUUUUUAUUACUUUUUUCAUCACUCUAUUUCCAUUACGCCAUACACAUUUUUUCUUUUCUUUCUCUCCUUUUAUAUUCUUGAUUACUUCUUAAAUUUUUGUCCAUUUUACAUCCUUGACUUUAUCUUUCUUUUACGUUCUUUCACUUCUUUCCUUCCUUUUACUUCUGAAACCCUUUAUUUUUUCUUUCAUACUUUUAUACCCUUUACUUUUUUUCUUUCUUUCUUUGCUUCUUUUUUCUUCUUUUAUAUUCUUAAGCUUUCUUUAUAUUUUUCCUAG